AUGUCAAACACUACCCCCCAACCAUCACAACCAUCACAACCCUCACCAACCUCACCAUCCCCCCCACCAGAAAAACCCUACGCCACCUUCUUCCACGCCGCCGCCAUCGCCUCCGCCAUCCUCUGCCCCAUCGCCCUACUCCUCCCCACACGCUCCCCCCGCGGCAGCCGCGCCGGCCGUUUCAAGCCGACCGCCCAAAACCUCUUGCUCGGCGGCGGCGCCUUCUGGGGGUUUGACCGGCUGGCGGCGGAUUACACGGGCCAGUCGAUCUCGUCACGGUCUAUUGAGAGAUGGGGGGCGGUUUUGGGUGUUUCUUCUUCUACUUCUUCUUCUUCUGCUGCUGCUGCUGCUGAUGGUGAUGGGAAGAAGAAUUCGGCUGAGGCUGGGGCUGGAUCUGGCGGGAAAUCGGCUGGUGGUGGGCUCUUUGGGCAUUUACCGACGGAGCGGGCGGAGCGGAACCGGGCGUUGAUGGAAGCCGAGCGGAAACGGCGGGCGGAGGCGGAGGGAAGGGAGUAUAAGCCUAGGAAAGGUGGUAGCGGGGAAGAUGGGCGUGGCUGGUGGCAGCGGGUGUGGAUGGGCGGGGAGAAGGAUGGGUGGCAGGAGAAGCGGCUUGAGGAGGAACGGCAGGCGCUGGAGAGCGGGAAAGGGUAUGGGGAUUUGAUUGUGGAGCAGGUGAAGGAGGUGUGGAAUGGGGAGGGGAAGAAGGGAGGGGAGGACAAGGGGGGAGAUGGGAAGAAAUAA